CACAGUACUGUUAAUAUCGAAGAUAAGACUGCCUGUGUGCUUUGCUCCUUGUCUCUAAGGUGCUGGUCACAUUUGGGUGGUCAGCAGGUGAUCUCCUUACAGCAGCGUGGCUGUGUCCAUCAUGAGCAGAACUGCGGUGACCGGGACAAUAAUGUCACCGUUGUCACAGAGAACAUCAGCAAAGGCAAGGAACACAUCUUCAGAAAGGUGGAAACCAAUAAUUUGAUGAUUCCGUAUGACUACACCUUUGUGAUGCACUAUGGCAGGUAUGCAUUCGCUAAAGAUUAUGGUAAGCUGCCAACUAUCAUUCCAAAGCCAGACUCUAGUGUUCAGAUCGGAGGGGCCCGACAGAUGAGUCGCCAGGACAUCGUGAGGGUCAACAUGUUUUACAACUGCAGAGAGUAUUGGGCUUUAUUAUACUAUAUCUUACAAUGGAAAAUACAUGUUUUCUUUCAAUCGUGCGUUUCAUAACAUGAGAAUAAAUGUUUGUUUUUUUGUGAACUUUGUCAACACUGCUGAUGUUGUGCCUUUUUAUGUUGUCUUUUCACACCAAUGGGAGGACACUUGAAUAAAUGAAUUUAGAAGACUACAUCAGAUAUUUCAACCAACAACUAUUUGAAAUCAAAUCAAAUGGCAGCUAAUCAAUUAGCUUUCUGGAUGAGGUCAAAUUCACUUCGCACAAUAUUCAUCGCUUUAUGUUGUGUUGUGGAUGCUUCACCGCCCAGUU